GCAGUGCCGACGGCUCAGAUGCUCGAUCCAGUCUCGAGAACUAGCGCAUUUUAGAGGAAGCAUUUUCGUAUCGUGUUAUAAAAGCUCUCGACCUGCCUUCCUGCGUAAGGAACGGGGAUCGUAAAUCAUCAUCCUCCCCUCCGGCUCGAAAACUUUUAACGUCCGCGAUGCGAGGGUGGCUAACAGGUUGCCGAUGCGCCGCGACGCCCGGCGUCCCUAUAGAUGCAAACGUGCCCGUCCGCGGGAUCAGUUUCGUCGGCGUCGCGUAGCCAGCACGUGUGGACCCCGUCUUCAGCGGGUCCGUCGCGUUUCCGAGCGAAAGUUUUCCAGCAGGCGCAGGUCCUCGACGUGUCGAGAUUUUAAACUUUUCGAUAGGUGGAUGGUUGAAAAAGUAAGGUUAAGAGAUCGCGGCUCGUUUUUGGUAACUUGGUAGUGUGGUGCGCGACGUUUUGUGUUGCCGGAAAGAUGACGAUGGACAACGCGGCUGGACCGAGUCACACGCAAGAAAGCGAAAACACAGCUGCCGCGUCGGAACCGCCCCCCCGUUGUCAAGAACCGCCCCCUCUCAACACUCAAAGGCCUUUGUAUUACAGGGUGUUCAAGAAAUCCUCGCUCAACAAUAAAUUGACGUUAUACUUGAGCUCGAGGGAUCUGGUGGUCUCCGCUGGAAAAAUCGAUAAACUUUCCGGGGUCCUCCUCGUAGAUCCAGAAUUCGUCCAGGGUAGACGCAUAUUUGGCCAGAUCACACUGUCAUUUAGGUACGGUCGCGAAGACGAGGAAGUCAUGGGCCUCAAAUUCUGCAACGAGGCCGUCAUGUGUCUCGCUCAGUUGUAUCCACCGCAGUUGCCGCCAGGCGGCGCCACACAGACCACUCCCUUACAGGACGCUCUCAUCCGACGGCUGGGCCCUAACUCCUAUCCGUUCACGAUGGAAAUCACUCCGCUAGCGCCACCUAGCGUGCAACUGGUACCCGCCAAAGAAUAUAACGGAGCACCUAUCGGUACGAGUUACGACGUCCGAGCUUACCUGGACGAAGGUUGCGACGAGGGCCACCAGAAACGCGCGAUGAUACGCAUGGGCAUCAGGGUGGUACAACGUGCGUUCGCCCCGCCCUCCCCCAAGCAUUACGCUCCGGGGGCAGGUCGUACCACCAAGGAACAAGCCAAACAAAACCGCAAAGCCCUCCUUUAUGGCUGUCGAAGCGCACCGCUCGAGCUUAAGUUCGCCAACGAUCCAGCAAGCAAAUCGAGAUCGGUCGAGACGGUGAGCUCUGAGGAUCAUCACGAGACGCCCGAGAAAUGCGUCAAGGUCCAAUUAAAGCCCCGCCCCCACGAUGCGUCAUCGUUAGAUCGUAGGAAAGAAGAGGAAGGCUCGGAAGAUGACGGAAACAGUCCCGGGAGGAAAGGAGGCCGUGUGGCUUUCGAAAACGACCGCACCACAGUUAACGGUUCGGUCGGUCUCGAAGAAGGCGUCCCCGAGGGCCAUUCGCUACAGGACGCCGAUUCUCCCGACGCGGAAAACGUCGACGAAGACGAGGCGAAAAUCUCGGGCUACUUUCACAGCACGUGCGGCGGCAAACGGCCCAGUUUGGCGGCUUACUUGGCGGGAGUUCCCAGCCCCAGGGCGGUGGUCGAGAAACCGUUUCUGCUUAGUGACGGUAAAGUGUUCCUGACUGCCUCUUUGAACAAGGCGAUCUACUCUCACGGCGAAGACAUUCGGAUCAAAGUGCAGGUGCGCAACAACAGCAGCAAAACGAUCAAACGCAUAAAGGUAUUCGUGGUCCAACACGUCGACGUGUGCAUGUUCAGCAACGGAAAAUUCAAGAACGUGGUCGCCAUGCACACGGAUAAGGAGAGCUGUCCGAUCCCGCCCAACGGUACUCUCGACAAGACUUAUAUCCUUCUUCCCAUUAACAGCAUCACGAAAAACUGGAUAGCUCUCGAGGACUCCUACUCCAAGUCCAACACAUAUCUGGCUUCGACCGUGUGUUCGAUAGCCAGCAAACCUGAGGAAAGGAACGUCUUUGCCAUUUACGUCUCCUAUUAUGUCAAGGUGAAGCUCAUGGUGAGCGUCAUGGGAGGUGAAGUGAGCCUCAAAUUGCCAUUCACUCUGAUGCAUACCUGCGACGAAUCCGAACAGAAUUCGACCCUGACGAGGGUGCAACGCGUCGAAAGCCGUUCAGCGCAACGAAUCGCGCGCGACGACAUCAAACCGGAGAAAGACGGGACGUGAGACCAAGAGAAGGUAGUAGUAGAAAUAAACAAAUCGGAGUUGCACCAAGGGGGCCCCGACGGAGAGCCCGCUUGCACGGCCCCACCCGACGACAGACCAGCGGCGGCGAAACCGACCAGCGACUUGGACGCAAUAUUGCCGGCAGGCAAAGAGGAGACCAGCGAAGAGACCAACGGAAUAUCCAAACGCGGACUUACUCGAAAACAAGCGGAGAAAGAGGAAGACGAUAGUGGCUUUAAAUUAUACCGGGCGUGGUGUUGUCUUAGGACUCGAAGGACGUCGUAGUGACGAAGUGUCUGUUUAAGUUUACGUCAAUACAAAAAUAUCGCCGCAGUGUUGUAACAAAUGUUUAUGUGACCCCCUAAUACAGUCCGGACUGACUGUGAGAUAAUAAAAGGACGUGUUGAACCGAACCAGUCGACGUUGUUUAUUUCUUCCUUCGUAUUUUUUUCCUUGGUAAGUAGGUAACGGAAAAUCAGGAAUGCAACUUGAAUAGGAACGUCAACUUUAGAAUAACACAUAGGCACUGUUCUAAGGAGUGCUCAAGGUGACCUUAUUCUCCUAAGCACUGCGGAAACACCUCAAA